AUGUCUAUGGGGGAUUGCAAGUCUAUGCGUCCGGAAAUGGAAGGAGAAGACGACUUAAUUGCUGCAGCGAGAAACAUAGCGAGGGCAUUGGGAUCAAAGAAGAACCUUACAGAUGGUGAAAGGGAAAUUUUGGCAAAUCUUGGCACCCAAUUGUCCACCAUGAUCUCACUCAGUGAGAAAAAGGGUGAGAAAAGUGGUGAUAUUGAAGAUCGUCUUAAUUCUAUCCAGGAGAGGGUCAUGAGUUGGGAGGCAGAUCAGUCUAUGAUAUGGAAUUCAGGCCCAAAUGAAUCUCUGGAGUACGUCAAAGCUGUGGAGGAGGCUCGAAGGUUUGUCGAAAGGUUAGAGGGUUUGCGUUUGAAUAAAGAUGAUCAAGAGUAUGAGGUGCUACAGAAAGCUUAUGAUGUUCUUCAAACAGCUAUGGCUAGGCUGGAGGAAGAGUUCAAAUACAUGCUUGUUCAGAACAGGCAACCCUUCGAACCUGAGCACAUGUCUUUCCGUUCAAGUGAAGAGGAUAUUGUGGAUGGCAGCUCAAUAAUCUCUUUUGGGGAUGAUUCAUUUGAGGACUCACUUCAAAGAGAUAGUGUUAGCAGAGCAUCUGAGGAAGUCGUCAUUGAUUUGGUUCAUCCAGAUGUAGUUCCUGAGCUCAGAGGCAUAGCAAAUUUGAUGUUCAAUUGCCAUUAUGAUCAGGAAUGUAUCCAAGCUUAUACUAGCAUCCGAAGGGAUGCCUUGGAUGAGUGCCUCUCCAUUCUUGAAGUCCAGAGACUGAGCAUUGAGGACGUGCUGAAGAUGGAGUGGGGUUGCUUGAAUUCCAAAAUCAGAAGAUGGGUCUGGGUUAUGAAGAUCUUUGUGCGGGUUUAUCUUCCUAGCGAGAGAUGGCUCAGUGAUCAGAUUUUUGGGGAGCUUGGACCAGUUUAUUUAGAUUGUUUUGUUGAGGCAUCAAAGCCUUCAAUGCUGCAACUUAUGAAUUUUGGUGAAGCCAUGUCUAUUGGUCCCCACCAACCAGAAAAGUUGUUCCGCAUUCUUGACAUGUAUGAGGUGCUAGCGGAUCUUCUUCCUGAUAUAGAUGGUUUAUACGUGGAUGGGGCUGGUUCUUCUGUAAGAAUUGAGUGUCAUGAGGUUCUGAUGAGAUUGGGUGAUUCUGUGAAGGCAACAUUUAGUGAAUUCGAGAAUGCCAUUGCAUCAAACGCCUCGACUAACCCUGUUGCUGGAGGAGGAAUACACCCUCUCACCAGAUAUGUGAUGAACUACUUGAGGACUCUUACAGACUACAGUGAGACCCUUAAUGUGCUCCUUGAUGACUGUGAUGAAGGUGAUUCCAUUUCACUGUCUCCUGAUACGAGUCCAACCACAGAAGAGGAGAACAAAAGCACUGAUACUUCAGGCAGAAUUUCCCCAAUGCUUCGCCACUACCAGUCACUUGUUUCCACUCUGGAGUGCAACCUUGAUGACAAGUCCAAAUUAUAUAAGGAUGCUUCCUUGCAACACAUAUUUUUGAUGAACAAUCUGCAUUACAUGGCUCAGAAGGUUAAGGGGGAUGAACUAAGGCUCCUUUUUGGAGAUGGGUGGAUUAGGAAGUGCAAUGGGAAAUUUCAGCAGCAUGCAAUGAACUACCAGAGAGCUAGUUGGAGUUCCGUUCUUUCUUUGCUGAAAGAGGAGGGCAUUCAAAAUCCUGGUUCAAAUUCCAUCUCUAAAACCCUCCUUAAGGAAAGGCUCCGCAGCUUUUAUCUUGCUUUCGAGGAGAUUUACAAGAGCCAAACAACAUGGUUGAUUCCGGAUCCUCAGCUUCGAGAAGAUGUGCAAAUCUCGACAUCUCUGAAUGUAGUCCAAGCUUACAGGACAUUCGUGGGAAGACAUUCCAACGACAUAAGUGACAAGCUCAUCAAGUACAGUGCUGAUGAUUUGCAGAAUUACCUUUUGGAUCUCUUUGAGGGAUCCUCAAAAUCAUUACAGAAUUCCAGCAGGAGGUGA